CUUUAUCAAAUCGCCCAUCUGAUGAGUUAAGUCGCGAGUGUUGAACGUGGAGUUCAGUUAUUUUGUAGAUUCGACCUGUAGAGCAGAGUUUCUGAAAACAUGGGAUUGUAAAAUUUUGUAACGCAAUUUAACAUUUGUAAAUAUGUUUUCAUUCAUGUAGAGCGUUUGGUUUUCAUUCAAAGUUUCGAAAACGUGAAUAAAUACUUUCACAAGUUAUACAGGGUGCGACCAAAAAAAUUUACUGAUAUAUGUAAUAUAUUAUUUAAUAGCACAUAAAAAAUAACGUAAACUAAAGCAAUGAAUGACGAGAAGCAAAAAACCAUUCGCGUUGGAUCAAGAAAGAGCGAGCUUGCACUCGUACAAACCAAACAUGUCAUCGCACGCUUACAGAAGCUGUAUCCUAACAAGAAAUUCGAAAUUCACACCAUGUCAACAAUGGGUGAUCGAGUACUUAACAUUUCGCUGCCAAAAAUAGGAGAGAAAAGUCUUUUCACGAGAGACUUAGAAGAUGCACUACGAAAUGGCGGUGUUGAUUUUGUGGUGCAUUCACUAAAAGAUUUGCCUACUGCCUUACCCACAGGAAUGGCUAUUGGUGCCGUUCUGGAACGCGAGGACGCCAGGGAUGCGUUAGUGCUUAGAAACGAAUAUAAUGGCUAUACUAUUGGUACCCUACCGGAAGGUAGCAUAAUAGGAACUUCGUCAUUACGUCGUACUGCUCAGAUAAGACGUCAGUAUCCACAUUUAGUGGUUUGUGACAUCAGAGGAAAUUUAAAUACUCGUUUGGCAAAGUUAGAUGCCACAGACUCAAAAUUUAGUGGCAUUAUAUUAGCUCAAGCUGGUCUAGUGAGAAUGGGUUGGAUGAACCGCGUCAAUCAAAUUUUGGAACCAACUGAUUUAUUGUAUGCAGUUGGACAAGGUGCUUUAGCUGUUGAAUGUCGUGCUAACGAUGAAGAAAUUUUAGGCAUGCUACAGAAACUAAUGUGUUUAUCUACCACGUGUCGUAUACUUGCGGAGCGCAGCUUUUUAAAAACUCUUGGUGGGGGUUGUAGUGCUCCUGUAGCAGUGUGUAGUAGUUUAUGUGGAGAUGUAACAGAUGCGAAUGCUAAUAAAGAAGCAGGUUUAUCUCUGAUGGGUGCGGUGUGGAGUCUAGAUGGUAAUACAGAAAUACGCGAUAAAUUGAAGUGCUCCCUUGCGUUUAUUAAAAGUAAAAAUGCGGAGAUAAUGAGCAAUAAUAAUGCCGAAGAUAGUAAUGAAGAACCACCAACUAAGCGAGUUCGAAGUAGUGAAUCUAUCAGCCCUGAUAGAAAUCGAAACAGUCCACCUGUAAUAAACGAUGACGCUGACGUAGAAGAUUUAUCGAAGUCGUAUGAUGUAAAUGAAUUGAUUGAAAAACAUAUUGAUUUGGCUAAAAAAUGCCCGGUGGUUGGUACAGAUGUGCCAAGUAAUCAUAUCAAAAAUGGAAAUGUUUCGCCAGAACGAGGUGGAGGUGAUGCUGAUAUUGUACAUAGUGAAGCGCACUGCCCUUUACAUAUUGAGAUAGGACAAGAUUUCAUGGGCCAAUGUCCAUUUGUAAAUAAUGAAACUAAAGUGUCCUUAGCCAACGUAGGCAAAUGUCCCGUUACACAAACUUCUUCCUCUACUAAUGCGGGAAAUGACGAAACUGACCGUUGUGCGCCUUCAAGUUCAAAAUGUCCAUUUUCUUCAUUACAUCAAAAUGGAGAUAAACUGAACAGCAAUGCUACCCAUGGCAAGUGUCCGUUUCUUCAGAAGACUGUGCAAAUGUUUGAUUAUGCAGAUGAAGAAAAACCAGUUCCUACAAAAAUACCUCUUCUCAUUGAAAAUGUUGAAAAACUUUUUUGUGGACUUUACCAGCACGAAUGCUAUAGUCGUGAAUUAUUUAUUAAAAGUAAUGAACUUGGAAGGCACUUAGCAGAACAGUUAAUUAGUAAAGGUGCUUUAGAUGUAAUGAAGUGCGCUCAAGCGGAAAUACACAGCAAAGCCUAAUGAGUACAAAAUUAAAUCAACUAUUUUUUAUGUUGAAUAUUUUUUAGUUGAUAUACAUGACAUUUAUAUCAUAUAAAGAUUUAGUUAGUUGCAUUCUUUGAUUGUGAAAACAUUGCCUUUGGUUAUUUAUUAGCUAAUUUGUUACUCAUCAGGAUAUCAUUGUUAAUUUUUAAAUACAUAAAAUUGAUUUGGGGUGUUGGCAAUAAA